AUGCCGCUCCCCAAUGAAGCGAUCAUUUUCGUGCUCAGCCGCAGCGCGGCGGGCCGAAAGCCUGCCCGAUGCCUCACAAGCGAUGACACGCCGAGUCCUGCCCUGCAGUGUGCGUCGUUUGCCUCCCUCGGCGUCUCACCGAGCCAACAAACCAAGGCCAUGUUCAUGUUGUUCCUGGAUCCUGGGGUAUUUGCCCUCGCCCUUUGCUGGAAACUCCGGGCCCGGCUCGCGCCGUCUCAGCUUCUGGCAAGUUGGAACCCUAACGAUGCGAUGGUGGGGGAGACCAAGUACUCGCAAAAGGAUUAG